ACGAUUGUGUCAGACUUUAACUUGAGGUUCCUCCUCCCAAGAGUAGUCAUACCCUCCUUUAUGCUCUUUUCCAGAGCCGUUCGUACGGAUGUGGCGCAUUCUGUGCGUUCCACUUGGAAUCUUGGGGUCGACCUUUAUCCAACUAUUAUUUGUCCUUCUUGUCAGCGCAUCUGUCCUCGAAAAGGUACAAUGCACCCGGGCCUCGCAACCAGUCUGUCGUCGUUGUCAACAUGUUUCUCACAGACGGGUUCUGACGGAUGGAAACUUUGCAAAGUCAGCCCACCCUGGAUCUGAAAUUCCAGGUCGGUCCCGGUAGUUGUCUAGCAUCAUGUCGUUCGUACCUUUCAUUACCCUUUCUCUUCCUUAGAUAGACGUGUGCAUCCAUCUAAACCUUUUGACAUUUGAAUACGCUGACUCGACGU